AAAUACCACAAUGACAAUACUUAAGGGUAUUUAGCAGUUACAUUGUCAGGCGUUUUUAUUUACAACGAAGUAAGCUGAUUCCCAGCAAAAAAAAUACGAUAGCAUCACAAUAUAAAAAUGUAAUAUGUAACAAUACAUUUUACAAUGGCUUCAUAUUAAUUAAAAAACAUAAAAAAGCAACAUACAACUAAUGCACAUUCUUUGCUCUACAUUUUCUAGAAGCAGAAGUGUUGUUAUUUUGUGUAAUUAAUUUAGAGAAGGCAAAAACCACCGCCAUCUUACUCCGACGAAAGUGACUUGAAUGCACCUACCGUCGUAAACACGACUUCCCACCUCGUAAAUUCGAACUUCCCAGGAGGACUUGAACGCACCAUCAGUUUUCAGUGAUAGUCACAUGACUAAUGGCUGGUCUGAGUGUGCAGAUCCCUCUGAACGUAUAUAAGCAGUAGGCUUUUUUUUUAAUUUACUGCCAUUGUGAGAAUAACAUGUAAUCAAUAGAAAAGUAACUGUAGUCUAACAAGUAUUAUAUAAAAUGAAAUAUAAUCACAGGUACUUUUGUGGAAUCAGAUUAUGUAUUAUGGAUUAUUAACAUAUUCCAAUUAACUUUCCGAUCAUCAAAUAUCCUGAAAACAUGUAUCAUGGUUUCCACAAAAAAUAUUAAGCAUAAUAUUAACUUUUUUAAACAUUAAAUCAGCAUAUUAGAAUGAUUUCUGAAGGAUCACAUGACACUGAAGACUGGAGUAGGCUAAUGAUGAUGAAAAUUUACACAGCAACACAGAAAUGUUAUAAACAUAUUAAAAACGAAAGGGAUCAUCACAUUAUGAGCCUGUGCCAUAAUAUUUGAAAACCCCUGAUUUAGCAGAUGCUUUCUUAUUCAACACUACAGGGACAUGUAAACUAUUCACUGUGUGUGGUUACAGGGGAUACAGAGCGAUAGAGGGAGGGCAGGAGAUAAAGGGAGAGAGAACGAGAACUGCCCCCCUUUGAUGCCCAAUAACCCAGUUAUGCCUGUCCAGUCAGUGCCAGUGAGUGAGGUUUGAAGGGGGAACACACUGACCUGUAUGGAGGAUAGCGCACACGUAUCUUCUCAGAGAUGGGCUGUACGGGAUGGAGACUCCUCUGGCUGGCUUGCUUUGUGUCCACUUUUCUUCAAUAUGGUGCAGUCCGGGUGACUGUGAGGGAAUCUGGUUUGGAGGUUGUACGGGGAGAUUCUGUCAUGCUGCCCUGUUCGUUCUUCACUAUGAUGCCCUUGUUCAGACUCAGCAUCAUCUGGACUUUGACCCCACUCUCCGACCCUGACUCCCCCAUACAGGUGAUCGUGUAUGAUCAUGGGCAGGUGAUUGAAAGCCCUUCAUUCAUGGGCAGGGUAGGCUUUGCUGGGAUGCCCUGGAGUGCAGACAUCAUCUUGAAUUACACGCGGGUGUCUGACGCUGGAGUCUAUCGCUGUGUGGUCAGCAACCCACCUGAGACAGGAGACCCUGGCAUAGGAGAGCUCAGCCUCACUGUUCUGGCACCCCCAUCUCUUCCUGUGUGUCUAUGGGAAGGAGACACAGAUGCUGGGGGCAAUGUGAGGCUGUCCUGUGUGGUGGCGGAGGGCUUUCCCGCUCCUCAGGUGAUCUGGGAGAAGCUAGAACCGGAUAAGACAACACUGCCAGUGAACAUGGAUGGUGACAUGACAGGUUCUGUGCACAUUGCCAAUGUGUCUGCGCAAACCUCUGGCCUUUACCGUUGCUCAGUGACCAACCCGCUGGGAACUCAGCACUGCUACAUUAACCUGUCUGUGUACACACCUCCAGAUAAUUCCCCAGGAAUCCUGCAGGGGGUGCUGUUGAGUCUCUCUAUGGCCCUGCUCUUGCUUGCUCUGAUGGUGCUGGUGCUGUGGCUCCACCGUUCGGCACAGGAGAGCAAAUGGAGGAUCAGCCAUGAGGAAGAUGAGUGCUAUAAUGAGAUCAAAUACACACCCUCUUUCAUUAAACGCUCUUUUGUCUGAGACUAGGACAGGAAGUCAGACAAGAGCAAAGGAAAGAUCAUACUUUACCUGACAAAAUACUUGUGGAACAAUGAUGUUAAAGUACUUAAAGGAUUAGUUCACUUUCAAAUUAAAAUUUCCUGAUAAUUU